AUGCUGCGCACGCUCUCAGCUGCUAGCAUGACCCCUCUCCGGAUCCUCUGCUUUGGCGACUCCCUGACCUCGGGGUGGAACAGAGGUCGUGACGCGCCCUACGCGACCACGCUCGAGGCUCGGGUACGCGCGGCCUUCCCCGACCGGCCCGUACUCGUCGAGGCGGACGGAAUUCCUGGCAACGAAGUGGUGCAAGGUUUCCCGCGGCGAAUGAUGAAGGCCGCAACACAGCCAUGGGACUGGAUCCUCGUCCUCGGUGGCACAAACGACCUAGCAUACGAUGCGAGUCCUGAGAAAGUCCUCGCUGGGCUGAACGAGACGUGGUCGCUCGCCCAGUCCGCCUCUCCAACGACACAAGUCCUCGCACUCACUAUUCCAGAAGUCGGGGAGGUCUGGGACGACACCGAUCGCAAGGCGGUAAAUGCCGCUAUCAUGUCCCACUCCGCUCCUCGGUACCACACAUUCGACUUUGCCAGUGCACUCCCGUUCCACUCGUUGAGUGCUGGACAGCAGGCGCUGUGGUGGGACGAUCUCGUCCAUCUCACCCCAGCUGGCUAUGCGCGCAUGGGUGAGCUUGUGGGGGACGCGUUGGUUGAGAUCUUGCAGAGGGAGGCAUAG